CUUCACCCAGUGACUUGACAGUGACGUUGCUGUGGAGGUAAAGGAAGAGCAGAGUGCCUCCAUGGUGCUACUUCAGGUUUGGUAGCUGCUGUUCAAACACUUCCUUGUUCUCUUUGCCAAGUGUUACGUUUCCAACAGUGAAAAUGUCCUCCCAAAAUAUGAGUGCAGACGAUGUUAUGGACGAGGAUGAGGACAACCCAGAGGGCGAGACGUGCAGGUGUUAUUAUGCAUGAGAGUUUUCCUCCUCACCUGGACAGGUGUGCUAGAGCUGGACACCUUCUUCAGCACUAAACUGCAGGUUUCGGGAGCAGCAGUCUGUGAUUAAUGGGUCCAAAUGCACCUCUCACCCCACCAGCCUCGCUGACUGUGCUCAAGGGGAGAUCUUACAUGGAACGUGGUGGCUGUACUUACAGAUGGAUACACUCCUCUGGAUGCACCCUGCAGCCUGCACCAGCUGAUGUAACCAGCACGUCUGUGAGCUUUCUGGAAACACUCAAAGAAAUUGUGAGAACUCCCUAGCGGUGGUUUCUAUCUCGGCUUUCUGGAAAAGUGUUUGGAGAGAGAGAGAGAGAGAGAGAGGAGGGGGCACGAGCCGAGCCGAGCCGGAGAGAGGAGAGAUCAUGGCGGCUCCUCUCGGACGGGACACCCUACCUGACCACUGGUCCUAUGGAGUCUGUAGAGACGGCCGGGUGUUCUUCAUUAAUGAUAAAACUCGUAGCACUUCUUGGCUACAUCCGCGCGCUGGUGAACCUGUUAACUCUGGGCACAUGAUCCGCUCAGAUUUGCCAAGAGGAUGGGAAGAGGGUUUCACAGACGAAGGAGCCAGCUACUUCAUCAACCACAACCAGAGGGCUGCAUCGUUUCGGCACCCUGUGACCGGGCAGAUAUCCCCAGAAAACACAGAAUACACACUACAAGACAGGAUAGAAGCCCGUAUGUCCAAGUCAGCAGCCAAUCAGAGAUCCCCGAACAUGGUCACAGAGUCCUCCAAGGCUGUGACCUCAGCAGCAGUGGAGGCCACCUCAGGGUCAAAGGGCUCCAGAGGUACGGGGAAAGUACACAGUUUUGGCAAAAGGGAUCAUGCUAUUAAAAGAAACCUCAACAUCCCUGUGGUGGUGAGAGGCUGGCUCUAUAAACAGGACAGCUCUGGAAUGCGACUGUGGAAAAGGAAGUGGUUUGUUUUGUCAGACUACUGCUUGUUUUACUACAAAGACAGCCGUGAGGAGACGGUGCUCGGUAGCAUCCCGCUGCCCAGUUAUGUCAUCGCACCAGUUGAGCCUGAUGACCACAUAAACCGCAAAUACGCUUUCAAGGCGAGCCAUACAGGAAUGCGCUCCUACAUUUACAAUAAGAACUCUGUGAUUGGCUCACAGGCAGAACACUGCGGGAUGCGGACAUAUUUCUUCAGUGCGGACACACAGGAGGACAUGAAUGGCUGGAUUCGGGCCAUGAACCAGGCUGCGCUGAUGCAGCAGAGUCACACUAUAAAGAGAGAGGUGGAAAAUCCAAAGAAGGCUGUGCAGCUGGCUGUCCCACAGACCAACCAUGUCCACAUCAACCAGAACUCACCUCAGCCAGAAAGCCUUCGCAGGACAGACAGAGAGGAACCUUCGGAAAUCCAACUGGCUCAUAGAGAUGAGGUGAGGUAUGGAUUAGAGGUCCAAAGGAGGCCCAGCCAGUCAGCCGCAGAGGAAAGACUAGAGAGACUCUCUCCAGACUCUGUCGACGGUGUCGCCCACAAGAACGGACAGCCAACUGUAAUCCAAGUGGCUUUACCACCAGAGCAGAAUGGAAAUCUCGUCUAUCAGAGGGGCUUUGUUUCGCGGCCAGACACCGAGAAACAUGUGCAGAGGAAGAAUACGCUGGCGCAGGUGGAGCAGUGGGUCAAAGUUCAUAAAAGCGACCCACCAAAGAGUGCUCCCUCUGCUGAGUACAACCUCCCUCGGCGGACUCCUCCAUUAAAGCCCAAAGCCAGCACAGCGGACGCCACCCAUCAGUCGUUGCCAAAGUCUCCCCGUCUCCCGUCCGGCAGCAACUCUCCUCCAGCAACAUGCAACCUGCCCAGCGACUACAAGUAUGCCCACGACCGGCUCAGCCACUUCCGCAUGUCCACUGAUGAGCGCAUGGCCACCAAGGAGGGGAUGGUGUGGCAGCUGUACGAGUGGCAGCAGCGGCAGCAGUUCCGUCACGGCAGCCCCACAGCUCCUAUCUACACUGGUCCUAACUUCGCAGACUCUUCGUCUUUUAGAGUUACCGUGGAGAUGCCACGCUCCAUCUCUGUCCCUCCGUCCCCGUGUGAAGUCCCACCGUCAGUCCCCUCAUCCUUCAAACCCCUUUCGCCUCGCAGGCCACACACUCCCUCAAUCAGACGCACAGUCAGGCCCCUGGAUGAAGUGGCACCCGGGGACAGCACAAGAUCCAGCUCCCCCGGCCAUAUUUGUGCCCAUCUUUCUCAGGCUUCCCAAAUAGAGAGAAGGUCCAUGCCAGCCAUGGGCUACAUCACACACACUGUCAGUGCGCCCAGCUUACACGGCAAAACGCCAGAGGAGCUGACUCUGCUCCUCAUUCAGCUUCGGAGGCACCAGGCCAAGAUGGCUGGCGUGCAUAGCCCCAGUGACGCGUUCGCUCACCUGCAGCACCACCAGCACAACGGCCUUCUAGGCCCCAGCAUGCAGGCUGAUGAUACUUACAUACAACUGAAGAAGGACCUGGAGUAUCUAGAUCUGAAGGUGGGCCCCAACAAAGUUACUGGACGUGACAGUUUAAAAACAGAAAGACCGGCGAGGCCUGUGAAAAUCGCAGAAAGUGAUGCUGAUGUGAAAUUAAGUCGACUAUGUGAACAAGACAAGAUCCUACAGGAGCUGGAGGCCAGGAUACGCACUUUGAAGGAGGACAAGGACAAGCUGGAGUCUGUGCUGGAUGUUUCCCACCAGCAGAUGGAGCAGUACAGAGAUCAGCCGGCUCACGCCGAGAAGAUUGCCUAUCAGCAGAAAUUACUACAAGAGGAUGUGGUGCAUAUCAGAGCCGAGAUAUCUCAAGUCUCCACAGAGAUGGAGAACGCGUGGAACGAGUACAGUCGGCUGGAGAGAGACGUGGACUGGCUGAAGUCGGCCCUGCAGGGACAGAUGAACCGCAUCGACCUCACUCAGCAAGAGAAAGUCCAGAUCAGAAAAGAGCUGUGGAGGAUUGAGGAUGUCAUCGCAGGCCUCAGUACCAGUAAAGCCAACUACAAAGUCACUAUCUCCUCUGUUACCAACCCAGAGAGGAAAUUUGUGCCUUCAGUGUCGGCGUCAUCAGUGCCUUCUAUGUCUGGGAGCCCGUCUGCUAUGGAGAUGAGAUUGUCCCAGCAGCAGCAGCAGCACAGCCCCCACCUCAGCCCCAAUAGCCACACCCCCACCCUUUCCUCCAGUCCCAGCCAGCAGCCCUUACACCACUGGGUGGACGCAACCAUCAUCAGUGGGCUUAAAUGGGGUGAGGAAGAUGUGCCUCCCAGACCUCCUCUACCUCAGCUCUACAGUCCUGAUGAGCAUCCCCCUGCUGUGCCCCCGUUGCCCCGGGAGACGACGGUUAUCAGACACACUUCUGUACGCGGCCUCAAACGACAGUCAGAUGAACGCAAAAGGGACAGAGAGAUCGGCCAGUACACUAAUGGAGACAGUAAGGUGGAACUCAGGCCUUUUCUGAGCGAUCCAGAGCUUAUGGGAGCUGGGGACGGCUCUAGCCACGUCAGUGUAAUAACACCUGGACAUGGCGGUUACCAGACGUUACCUAGCAGAGGAGUGGCUGGCUCCUCGCUUAGGCUAAAUCAGUCUUCGAACAUCUCCUCAUAUGUGACCAUCCGAAGAUCAGCUUCAGCUGUCGGCAUGAAGGAGAGACCAAAAAGUGCCUUGGAGCGUCUGUACUCUGGGGACCCGGCACAGCAGCAGCAGCAGCAGCAGCAGCAGCAGAGGGGGAAGAUGAGUGCCGAUGAGCAGCUGGAGAGGAUGAAGAGGCACCAGAAGGCCCUCGUCCGCCAGCGCAAACGCACCCUGAGCCACGGAGACCGCCACGCCUCUUCAUCGUCACGCACCUCGUCCUCGUCCUCAUCCCCGCGCCCGCUUUCAGCAGACUUGGGAUCAUGGAAGAGAGAGCAGGAGUUUGACCUGCAGUUGCUGGAGAGGGCUGUCCAGGGGGAGGAGGCGCAGGGAGUGAGGAGCGUCCAGGGGGAGGAAAGACCUCCCGAGCACAAAGACAGACCCCGAUCGCACUCUGACGAAUGGCUGACCCUGCGCUCCACCGCCACGACCCCUCCCGCCCAUGAGGUCGACCUGGAACCACUAGAGUAUGACCUGGACCUUAACAAAGAGCUUUCCAAGCCUCAGAAAGUGUUGAUCCCGGAGCGCUAUGUGGAUUCGGAGCCUGAGGAGCCUCUCAGUCCGCAGGAGGUGGAGGAUCGUCAUCGUAAGGUGGAGCGCAUCAAGAGCAUCUUGGCGAAGUCCAGUGUGCAAAACCUCACGCCCACCGUGACUGUGGACAAGCCAGAGGUCGGGCUGGUGGCGCUGGACUCGGCUCUGCAGGAGCAGGAGAGGAUCAUCACCAUGUCCUACGCUCUCGCCUCGGAGGCUUCGCUCAAGAGCAAACUAGUCACAGUUCCACCACAGGUUAACCUCCCCCCUCCUCCCCCACCUCCUCCUCCUCCUCCGCCUCCUCCUCUUCCUCCUCUUCCUCCUGCUCCUCCUGCUCCUCCUGUAUCUCUGGCGCCUCCCUCUCCCUCUCCUCUAAGCAACGGAAUUCACUACACGUUUGUCUAAUCCGAGAAAUACACUCAAGCAAUUUCUGGACACUAAGGUGCUAUUCCACAAUGACAAUAAAACAACUGCAUUCUGCAAGAAAAGAGGAUUUUUGGACAUUUACGCCUUGCAGCGGUACAGGAACUGUACUAAACAUGUAACCUGCUCUCUGAGGCUCGCGCAGCAUUGACUCAUUGACGUGUUUUCUAGUUGCUGAAAACGACUUUGCAACUGGAGCUGCUGUGCUUAUUAACCAUGGAAGUGUCUAACAAAUGUUAAUCCCAUAAUAAUAUUUUCUACAUGUUAUUGCACUUUGAAUUGUACACUGUAUCAUGUUUUCACAGUAUGACUGAGUUGCUUUUACCUGCAGUGUGAUCUCAAACUGGGAACUUGUUUGUGUUUUUAUUUUUGUCAGGUACAGAAAGAACAAGAGGUACUAAAUGUGUCAUGAUGGUAGUAUUUUUGUCAAAACUCAGAUAAUAUUCUUACACCAAACCACUUGAAAUAUCAUAUGUACGUACCUGUAGCACUGCCAAUCUCCUUUUAGCUUGCCAAAAUGAAUUUUAUUUUUGCUUACAUCAGGAUGAAAAUAACCUUUGACAUAUUUUCUGUGCGACUGGGGAAGGUUGCACAAUGGAAAUUUAUAAAAAUGUGAAUAUUAAAGAUAUUAACACAAUA